UUGAAGCGAGACACGAGAUUCUCUGAUCUCAAGAUUCGUUAAAUUCCGGUGAUGUCCAAGUAGCCGUCAUUCACUCGCUCACUCUCUUUGUUCCGCCUCUCUCUCCCAUUCAUUCUCCACUCUCUCGCUUCCCGCCACCACCACCACCACCACCACCACCGUCCUCCGCGAGUAGAAUGUUUGCCUCGAUUCGAUCUUCGUAAACCUAGGGUUUUUGUUGGUGGUAAUUUCACUUUCUUAUUUAUAAUUUUGGAUCGAUUCAUUUCGCGGAGUAGUUGAUUUAAUGGCGUCUGAAGAUGUGAAAGCGAACAACUCGGCGGUGUCCAAGAUCGUUAAUCUGGCUGAGGAGGCGAAGCUUGCGAAGGCAGAAAUCAAGCCUUCUAAGUACCAAGUCUACAGCAUUUGCAAAUCUCUCAUCGCCGGAGGCGUCGCAGGAGGAGUGUCUCGGACUGCUGUAGCUCCAUUGGAGCGAUUGAAAAUUUUGCUCCAGGUUCAAAAUCCGCAUAACAUAAAAUAUUCUGGUACUGUUCAAGGUUUGAAGUAUAUAUGGAGAACUGAGGGUCUUCGAGGACUGUUUAAAGGAAAUGGCGCAAAUUGUGCUCGUAUUGUCCCGAACUCGGCCGUGAAGUUCUUCAGCUAUGAGCAAGCAUCCAAGGGUAUAUUGCAUUUGUACCGGCAGCAACCUGGGAACGAGGACGCUGAAUUGACUCCUUUAUUACGUCUCGGAGCGGGAGCAUGUGCUGGGAUAAUUGCUAUGUCUGCUACAUACCCGAUGGACAUGGUCCGAGGCAGACUUACUGUACAGGUAAUGCAGGUCCUUUUUUCCAAUGAGCGUUCUUUUGGGAAGCUAUUUCUUGUACUAGUAUUCAGGUAUCUGUUUGUUUAUCCUCUUCUGCAGACAGACAAGUCCCCUUAUCAGUAUAGAGGAAUGGUUCAUGCUUUAUCAACCGUGCUUCGAGAGGAAGGUUUCCGUGCUCUGUAUAAGGGCUGGCUUCCAUCUGUCAUUGGAGUUGUACCAUAUGUUGGCCUCAACUUUGCUGUUUAUGAAUCUCUCAAAGAUUACUUGAUUAAAUCUAAGCCAUUUGGUCUCGUUGAAGACAAUGAAUUGGGUGUAGUUACAAGGCUUGCAUGUGGGGCAGCAGCAGGCACAGUUGGACAAACUGUUGCUUACCCUCUUGACGUCAUUCGCCGCAGAAUGCAGAUGGUGGGGUGGAAUAAUGCUGCUUCAAUUGUUACCGGUGAUGGGAGAAGUAAGGCUCCCCUCGAAUACAGUGGCAUGGUUGAUGCUUUCAGGAAAACUGUUAGACAUGAGGGCUUCCGAGCAUUAUACAAAGGAUUGGUCCCCAAUUCAGUGAAGGUUGUCCCAUCAAUAGCCAUUGCAUUUGUGACAUACGAACAAGUGAAAGAGUUGCUGGGAGUAGAGAUUAGAAUAUCUGACUGAUGCCAGCAGAUAGAGCUCUAAUUUUCAUUCAAUUUACAGUAUGAUUUUUGUUCGCUGGACGAGGAUAAUAAUUUGAUCUAAGACGUUUCUCUUUCGUGAAGAGAAGCGAACCCCUACAUCACCUGCUUAUAGGUUUUACUAUGGAUUUUGCCUUCAUGGUAGUAAUAUUAGCUAAUAAUAAGAACAAUGCCAUAAACUAGCUGUUUAGGUCUAUGCUUGAUGAGUGAGUAAGUGAGUUAGUAGUAUUUUUGUACAUGGCAUUUGCUUUGUUCAAUAAACCUGCCUACCUUUUGGAAUUGCUAUAUUUUGAUUAAAAAAAUUGGAUGAUCUCUUGUUUGAA